AUGCCUCUGCUGUUAUCGGGCAACUUGGUACAAUGCAGGAGCACCCAGCCAGCCGCCAGCCAGCCAGCCACAGAUGAAGAGGAAGGAGCCCAUUGCCCAGCUUUGAUCCCAAAAGCAGUCAAGCAGAGAAGAGGAGGGUGCGCAGCAAGCAGCAGAGCCCAGCCCAGCCCUUCGCAGCCCAGCCCUGGAUCCAGCGCAGCCCACUCCAGCCAGCCCAUCUCACCAGGAGAUCCAGUGCCGCGACCAGGCAGCCUAACAGAGAAGCACUCGGACGUGGUACAACGCAGGAGCACCCAGCCAGCCGCCAGCCAACCAGCCAGCCAGCCACAGAUGAAGAGCCCAUUGCCCAGCUUUGAUCCCAAAAGCAGUCAAGCAGAGAAGAGGAGGGUGCGCAGCAAGCAGCAGAGCCCAGCCCAGCCCUUCGCAGCCCAGCCCUGGAUCCAGCGCAGCCCACUCCAGCCAGCCCAUCUCACCAGGAGAUCCAGUGCCGCGACCAGGCAGCCUAACAGAGAAGCACUCGGACGUGGUACAACGCAGGAGCACCCAGCCAGCCGCCAGCCAACCAGCCAGCCAGCCACAGAUGAAGAGGAAGGAGCCCAUUGCCCAGCUUUGAUCCCAAAAGCAGUCAAGCAGAGAAGAGGAGGGUGCGCAGCAAGCAGCAGAGCCCAGCCCAGCCCUUCGCAGCCCAGCCCUGGAUCCAGCGCAGCCCACUCCAGCCAGCCCAUCUCACCAGGAGAUCCAGCACUCGGACGUGGUACAACGCAGGAGCACCCAGCCAGCCGCCAGCCAACCAGCCAGCCAGCCACAGAUGAAGAGGAAGGAGCCCAUUGCCCAGCUUUGAUCCCAAAAGCAGUCAAGCAGAGAAGAGGAGGUAAGAUUCACAGUGGUGCGCAGCAAGCAGCAGAGCCCAGCCAAGCCCUUCGCAGCCCAGCCCUGGAUCGCAGCGCAGCCCACUCCAGCCAGCCCAUCUCACCAGGAGAUCCAGCACUCGGACGUGGUACAACGCAGGAGCACCCAGCCAGCCGCCAGCCAACCAGCCAGCCAGCCACAGAUGAAGAGGAAGGAGCCCAUUGCCCAGCUUUGAUCCCAAAAGCAGUCAAGCAGAGAAGAGGAGGGUGCGCAGCAAGCAGCAGAGCCCAGCCCAGCCCUUCGCAGCCCAGCCCUGGAUCCAGCGCAGCCCACUCCAGCCAGCCCAUCUCACCAGGAGAUCCAGCACUCGGACGUGGUACAACGCAGGAGCACCCAGCCAGCCGCCAGCCAACCAGCCAGCCAGCCACAGAUGAAGAGGAAGGAGCCCAUUGCCCAGCUUUGAUCCCAAAAGCAGUCAAGCAGAGAAGAGGAGGGUGCGCAGCAAGCAGCAGAGCCCAGCCCAGCCCUUCGCAGCCCAGCCCUGGAUCCAGCGCAGCCCACUCCAGCCAGCCCAUCUCACCAGGAGAUCCAGCACUCGGACGUGGUACAACGCAGGAGCACCCAGCCAGCCGCCAGCCAACCAGCCAGCCAGCCACAGAUGAAGAGGAAGGAGCCCAUUGCCCAGCUUUGAUCCCAAAAGCAGUCAAGCAGAGAAGAGGAGGGUGCGCAGCAAGCAGCAGAGCCCAGCCCAGCCCUUCGCAGCCCAGCCCUGGAUCCAGCGCAGCCCACUCCAGCCAGCCCAUCUCACCAGGAGAUCCAGCACUCGGACGUGGUACAACGCAGGAGCACCCAGCCAGCCGCCAGCCAACCAGCCAGCCAGCCACAGAUGAAGAGGAAGGAGCCCAUUGCCCAGCUUUGAUCCCAAAAGCAGUCAAGCAGAGAAGAGGAGGGUGCGCAGCAGCAGCAGAGCCCAGAGCCCAGCCCAGCCCUGGAUCCAGCGCAGCCCACUCCAGCCAGCUCAUCUCACCAGAAGAUCCAGCACUCGGACGUGGUACAACGCAGGAGCACCCAGCCAGCCGCCAGCCAACCAGCCAGCCAGCCACAGAUGAAGAGGAAGGAGCCCAUUGCCCAGCUUUGAUCCCAAAAGCAGUCAAGCAGAGAAGAGGAGGGUGCGCAGCAAGCAGCAGAGCCCAGCCCAGCCCUUCGCAGCCCAGCCCUGGAUCCAGCGCAGCCCACUCCAGCCAGCCCAUCUCACCAGGAGAUCCAGCACUCGGACGUGGUACAACGCAGGAGCACCCAGCCAGCCGCCAGCCAACCAGCCAGCCAGCCACAGAUGAAGAGGAAGGAGCCCAUUGCCCAGCUUUGAUCCCAAAAGCAGUCAAGCAGAGAAGAGGAGGGUGCGCAGCAAGCAGCAGAGCCCAGCCCAGCCCUUCGCAGCCCAGCCCUGGAUCCAGCGCAGCCCACUCCAGCCAGCCCAUCUCACCAGGAGAUCCAGCACUCGGACGUGGUACAACGCAGGAGCACCCAGCCAGCCGCCAGCCAACCAGCCAGCCAGCCACAGAUGAAGAGGAAGGAGCCCAUUGCCCAGCUUUGAUCCCAAAAGCAGUCAAGCAGAGAAGAGGAGGGUGCGCAGCAAGCAGCAGAGCCCAGCCCAGCCCUUCGCAGCCCAGCCCUGGAUCCAGCGCAGCCCACUCCAGCCAGCCCAUCUCACCAGGAGAUCCAGCACUCGGACGUGGUACAACGCAGGAGCACCCAGCCAGCCGCCAGCCAACCAGCCAGCCAGCCACAGAUGAAGAGGAAGGAGCCCAUUGCCCAGCUUUGAUCCCAAAAGCAGUCAAGCAGAGAAGAGGAGGGUGCGCAGCAAGCAGCAGAGCCCAGCCCAGCCCUUCGCAGCCCAGCCCUGGAUCCAGCGCAGCCCACUCCAGCCAGCCCAUCUCACCAGGAGAUCCAGCACUCGGACGUGGUACAACGCAGGAGCACCCAGCCAGCCGCCAGCCAACCAGCCAGCCAGCCACAGAUGAAGAGGAAGGAGCCCAUUGCCCAGCUUUGAUCCCAAAAGCAGUCAAGCAGAGAAGAGGAGGGUGCGCAGCAAGCAGCAGAGCCCAGCCCAGCCCUUCGCAGCCCAGCCCUGGAUCCAGCGCAGCCCACUCCAGCCAGCCCAUCUCACCAGGAGAUCCAGCACUCGGACGUGGUACAACGCAGGAGCACCCAGCCAGCCGCCAGCCAACCAGCCAGCCAGCCACAGAUGAAGAGGAAGGAGCCCAUUGCCCAGCUUUGAUCCCAAAAGCAGUCAAGCAGAGAAGAGGAGGGUGCGCAGCAAGCAGCAGAGCCCAGCCCAGCCCUUCGCAGCCCAGCCCUGGAUCCAGCGCAGCCCACUCCAGCCAGCCCAUCUCACCAGGAGAUCCAGCACUCGGACGUGGUACAACGCAGGAGCACCCAGCCAGCCGCCAGCCAACCAGCCAGCCAGCCACAGAUGAAGAGGAAGGAGCCCAUUGCCCAGCUUUGAUCCCAAAAGCAGUCAAGCAGAGAAGAGGAGGGUGCGCAGCAAGCAGCAGAGCCCAGCCCAGCCCUUCGCAGCCCAGCCCUGGAUCCAGCGCAGCCCACUCCAGCCAGCUCAUCUCACCAGGAGAUCCAGCACUCGGACGUGGUACAACGCAGGAGCACCCAGCCAGCCGCCAGCCAACCAGCCAGCCAGCCACAGAUGAAGAGGAAGGAGCCCAUUGCCCAGCUUUGAUCCCAAAAGCAGUCAAGCAGAGAAGAGGAGGGUGCGCAGCAAGCAGCAGAGCCCAGCCCAGCCCUUCGCAGCCCAGCCCUGGAUCCAGCGCAGCCCACUCCAGCCAGCCCAUCUCACCAGGAGAUCCAGCACUCGGACGUGGUACAACGCAGGAGCACCCAGCCAGCCGCCAGCCAACCAGCCAGCCAGCCACAGAUGAAGAGGAAGGAGCCCAUUGCCCAGCUUUGAUCCCAAAAGCAGUCAAGCAGAGAAGAGGAGGGUGCGCAGCAAGCAGCAGAGCCCAGCCCAGCCCUUCGCAGCCCAGCCCUGGAUCCAGCGCAGCCCACUCCAGCCAGCCCAUCUCACCAGGAGAUCCAGCACUCGGACGUGGUACAACGCAGGAGCACCCAGCCAGCCGCCAGCCAACCAGCCAGCCAGCCACAGAUGAAGAGGAAGGAGCCCAUUGCCCAGCUUUGAUCCCAAAAGCAGUCAAGCAGAGAAGAGGAGGGUGCGCAGCAAGCAGCAGAGCCCAGCCCAGCCCUGGAUCCAGCGCAGCCCACUCCAGCCAGCUCAUCUCACCAGAAGAUCCAGCACUCGGACGUGGUACAACGCAGGAGCACCCAGCCAGCCGCCAGCCAACCAGCCAGCCAGCCACAGAUGAAGAGGAAGGAGCCCAUUGCCCAGCUUUGAUCCCAAAAGCAGUCAAGCAGAGAAGAGGAGGGUGCGCAGCAAGCAGCAGAGCCCAGCCCAGCCCUUCGCAGCCCAGCCCUGGAUCCAGCGCAGCCCACUCCAGCCAGCUCAUCUCACCAGGAGAUCCAGCACUCGGACGUGGUACAACGCAGGAGCACCCAGCCAGCCGCCAGCCAACCAGCCAGCCAGCCACAGAUGAAGAGGAAGGAGCCCAUUGCCCAGCUUUGAUCCCAAAAGCAGUCAAGCAGAGAAGAGGAGGGUGCGCAGCAAGCAGCAGAGCCCAGCCCAGCCCUUCGCAGCCCAGCCCUGGAUCCAGCGCAGCCCACUCCAGCCAGCCCAUCUCACCAGGAGAUCCAGUGCCGCGACCAGGCACUCGGACGUGGUACAACGCAGGAGCACCCAGCCAGCCGCCAGCCAACCAGCCAACCAGCCAGCCAGCCACAGAUGAAGAGGAAGGAGCCCAUUGCCCAGCUUUGAUCCCAAAAGCAGUCAAGCAGAGAAGAGGAGGGUGCGCAGCAAGCAGCAGAGCCCAGCCCAGCCCUUCGCAGCCCAGCCCUGGAUCCAGCGCAGCCCACUCCAGCCAGCCCAUCUCACCAGGAGAUCCAGCACUCGGACGUGGUACAACGCAGGAGCACCCAGCCAGCCGCCAGCCAACCAGCCAGCCAGCCACAGAUGAAGAGGAAGGAGCCCAUUGCCCAGCUUUGAUCCCAAAAGCAGUCAAGCAGAGAAGAGGAGGGUGCGCAGCAAGCAGCAGAGCCCAGCCCAGCCCUUCGCAGCCCAGCCCUGGAUCCAGCGCAGCCCACUCCAGCCAGCCCAUCUCACCAGGAGAUCCAGCACUCGGACGUGGUACAACGCAGGAGCACCCAGCCAGCCGCCAGCCAACCAGCCAGCCAGCCACAGAUGAAGAGGAAGGAGCCCAUUGCCCAGCUUUGAUCCCAAAAGCAGUCAAGCAGAGAAGAGGAGGGUGCGCAGCAAGCAGCAGAGCCCAGCCCAGCCCUUCGCAGCCCAGCCCUGGAUCCAGCGCAGCCCACUCCAGCCAGCCCAUCUCACCAGGAGAUCCAGCACUCGGACGUGGUACAACGCAGGAGCACCCAGCCAGCCGCCAGCCAACCAGCCAGCCAGCCACAGAUGAAGAGGAAGGAGCCCAUUGCCCAGCUUUGAUCCCAAAAGCAGUCAAGCAGAGAAGAGGAGGGUGCGCAGCAAGCAGCAGAGCCCAGCCCAGCCCUUCGCAGCCCAGCCCUGGAUCCAGCGCAGCCCACUCCAGCCAGCUCAUCUCACCAGGAGAUCCAGCACUCGGACGUGGUACAACGCAGGAGCACCCAGCCAGCCGCCAGCCAACCAGCCAGCCAGCCACAGAUGAAGAGGAAGGAGCCCAUUGCCCAGCUUUGAUCCCAAAAGCAGUCAAGCAGAGAAGAGGAGGGUGCGCAGCAAGCAGCAGAGCCCAGCCCAGCCCUUCGCAGCCCAGCCCUGGAUCCAGCGCAGCCCACUCCAGCCAGCCCAUCUCACCAGGAGAUCCAGCACUCGGACGUGGUACAACGCAGGAGCACCCAGCCAGCCGCCAGCCAACCAGCCAGCCAGCCACAGAUGAAGAGGAAGGAGCCCAUUGCCCAGCUUUGAUCCCAAAAGCAGUCAAGCAGAGAAGAGGAGGGUGCGCAGCAAGCAGCAGAGCCCAGCCCAGCCCUUCAGCAGCCCAGCCCUGGAUCCAGCGCAGCCCACUCCAGCCAGCCCAUCUCACCAGGAGAUCCAGUGCCGCGACCAGGCAGCCUAACAGAGAAGCACUCGGACGUGGUACAACGCAGGAGCACCCAGCCAGCCGCCAGCCAACCAGCCAGCCAGCCACAGAUGAAGAGGAAGGAGCCCAUUGCCCAGCUUUGAUCCCAAAAGCAGUCAAGCAGAGAAGAGGAGGGUGCGCAGCAAGCAGCAGAGCCCAGCCAAGCCCUUCGCAGCCCAGCCCUGGAUCCAGCGCAGCCCACUCCAGCCAGCCCACUCCAGCCAGCCCAUCUCACCAGGAGAUCCAGUGCCGCGACCAGGCACUCGGACGUGGUACAACGCAGGAGCACCCAGCCAGCCGCCAGCCAACCAGCCAGCCAGCCACAGAUGAAGAGGAAGGAGCCCAUUGCCCAGCUUUGAUCCCAAAAGCAGUCAAGCAGAGAAGAGGAGGGUGCGCAGCAAGCAGCAGAGCCCAGCCAAGCCCUUCGCAGCCCAGCCCUGGAUCCAGCGCAGCCCACUCCAGCCAGCCCAUCUCACCAGGAGAUCCAGCACUCGGACGUGGUACAACGCAGGAGCACCCAGCCAGCCGCCAGCCAACCAGCCAGCCAGCCACAGAUGAAGAGGAAGGAGCCCAUUGCCCAGCUUUGAUCCCAAAAGCAGUCAAGCAGAGAAGAGGAGGGUGCGCAGCAAGCAGCAGAGCCCAGCCCAGCCCUUCGCAGCCCAGCCCUGGAUCCAGCGCAGCCCACUCCAGCCAGCCCAUCUCACCAGGAGAUCCAGCACUCGGACGUGGUACAACGCAGGAGCACCCAGCCAGCCGCCAGCCAACCAGCCAGCCAGCCACAGAUGAAGAGGAAGGAGCCCAUUGCCCAGCUUUGAUCCCAAAAGCAGUCAAGCAGAGAAGAGGAGGGUGCGCAGCAAGCAGCAGAGCCCAGCCCAGCCCUUCGCAGCCCAGCCCUGGAUCCAGCGCAGCCCACUCCAGCCAGCCCAUCUCACCAGGAGAUCCAGCACUCGGACGUGGUACAACGCAGGAGCACCCAGCCAGCCGCCAGCCAACCAGCCAGCCAGCCACAGAUGAAGAGGAAGGAGCCCAUUGCCCAGCUUUGAUCCCAAAAGCAGUCAAGCAGAGAAGAGGAGGGUGCGCAGCAAGCAGCAGAGCCCAGCCCAGCCCUUCGCAGCCCAGCCCUGGAUCCAGCGCAGCCCACUCCAGCCAGCCCAUCUCACCAGGAGAUCCAGCACUCGGACGUGGUACAACGCAGGAGCACCCAGCCAGCCGCCAGCCAACCAGCCAGCCAGCCACAGAUGAAGAGGAAGGAGCCCAUUGCCCAGCUUUGAUCCCAAAAGCAGUCAAGCAGAGAAGAGGAGGGUGCGCAGCAAGCAGCAGAGCCCAGCCCAGCCCUUCGCAGCCCAGCCCUGGAUCCAGCGCAGCCCACUCCAGCCAGCUCAUCUCACCAGGAGAUCCAGCACUCGGACGUGGUACAACGCAGGAGCACCCAGCCAGCCGCCAGCCAACCAGCCAGCCAGCCACAGAUGAAGAGGAAGGAGCCCAUUGCCCAGCUUUGAUCCCAAAAGCAGUCAAGCAGAGAAGAGGAGGGUGCGCAGCAAGCAGCAGAGCCCAGCCCAGCCCUUCACAGCCCAGCCCUGGAUCCAGCGCAGCCCACUCCAGCCAGCUCAUCUCACCAGGAGAUCCAGCACUCGGACGUGGUACAACGCAGGAGCACCCAGCCAGCCGCCAGCCAACCAGCCAGCCAGCCACAGAUGAAGAGGAAGGAGCCCAUUGCCCAGCUUUGAUUUCAAAAGCAGUCAAGCACUCGGACGUGGUACAAUGCAGGAGCACCCAGCCAGCCGCCAGCCAACCAGCCAGCCAGCCACAGAUGAAGAGGAAGGAGCUUUUUGCCAAGUUUUGUCUAGCGGCUUACAUUUGCCAAGGCGGUGAGUUAUGGGCUGCUUUUGAACGUCGACCCAUUGAGAUGUUCAGCAGUAUUCUGGGGAACAAGGAUCGACUGCAACCACACAGCAUGAAGGGAUGA